AUGGCUCGAUACCUCAACCCGGCCAAAAUCGGCCUCCUCGCCCUCAUUGAGCUCUACACGGAGGAGGCUGUCCCGAGCGACGCGGUACUGCCGGUGCUCUCGUUCGUCACGUCACAUAUCCUGGACCAUGGCCACGCCGGCUCGUCUCCGACGCCAGAAAUGCGAUGGAGCAAGGCAGAGCGCACAGUUGGUCUCGUCAUCACUGUCAAGGAUUUCGAGAGGCUGCUCGGCACCUAUCCCUUUCUCAUGGGCAUGCCGGGGAGGACGCUGUGGGACCAAUUCCUCACCAAGCUCUGGGACAUCAAUUCUCUGGAUGCCCUCCACAGCUUCUUUGAGAGAAUCUCGAUGUUGCUGUCGAACCCCAAGGAAGCGCGCCGCCGAUCGGACGACGAUGAGUCUCACCAGCAAGACAGCAAGGUGAAGCUGUCACGAAACUCCCCAUUUGGAGCCUUUGUCCGCAGGGCGCGCCUCGAGUUCCAGCGCCUGAGGUUUCACGAUUGCACGGAGCUGUGGAGGGACUUUGUGAGGUACCGACAGCCAACAGCCCAAUAUCUGAGACGCAAGAAUCCCGCCUUCGGCCGUCUCAGCUUCGAUAAUGUUUUGCUGCUUGGGGAGAAGGAGGAGUGGAACCUGAAAGGCGUUACUGCGUUGGCCGCGGUUGCGUACGGAGACAUGCUCACCGGUGACGAGAGCGGCACUAUCCCUGUGAGCACCGACGACAUUGAGGUUCUCCUCGAGUUUCAGAUCGAGCAGAUGCAAAAAUUCGGCAACAGGAUCCCCCUGGAAAUUCGCCAUCAGUUUCAGGAUCUGCUUCGGGAUAGCUUUCUGGUGCCAAGCCUCACGCAUUACCUCAGCUUCCUUGAUGCUUGGAGAGCGGGAGACUACACCACAGCCUUUGACUACCUACAUCGAUACUUUGACUACACCAUGCAGCAUCGCGAUCGACUCUUUUAUCAGUACGCCCUCAUGAAUUUGGCUGUCCUCCAAGCAGACUUCGGGUGUCACCAAGAAGCCGUGUCCGCCAUGCUCGAGACUGUGUCCACGGCGCGAGAAAAUCGAGACAUGACUUGCCUCAACUUUGCCCUGAACUGGCUCUUCCACUUCGGUCGCGCUCAUCCGGACCUCGUGCGCGACCUGGAGUCGAACAGCCUGCUGGGGACUGGAAAAGAGAGCCUGGCCUUCCUCCGCGUCAAGGCAAAAGAGAGUGGAAUGUGGACGCUGUGGAGCUCCGUGCUUCUCAGCGAGGCCAAAGUCGCUCUCAUCAACGGAGACUCGGUGGCGACUUCACUUGAAUAUUUGGUGCGGAGCUCGCAGAUCAUCGUUGAGCGAAACUUGAAGAGCAUGUUUGGCUCUCAGCUAUCUUUGUACGCAGCGCUGUGGAACCGGCUCGGGCUGGCGCAUUUGUCUUCUCUCACCUCCGACACAUUCUUGCGGUGCCACGCGCGGCAUUCAGUCUUUGAUGACGAGCUCAAGCACACGUGUCGCAUCGCCCUUGCACUCGCAGAACGCGGAAAGUACGACGAAGGCCUGGAAAAACUUGACGGCUUGGAUCAAAACUCACUUCGCUCCUGGAAGCCGAGCCAGUACUGGCAUAAAUACAGGGGCAUCAUCAAACUCAAAAAGGACCUCCACCACAACAAUCUGGAUGGCGCCAGGCAGCUACUGGACCAGCUCCUGCAGUCCAAGGUGGACGACCUUGAGCCAGAUAUGGCCUUUUUGAUCGACUCGAUGCACAUUGACUAUCUCUCGCGAAGAGGUGAUCUCCAGGCGGCCUUUGAAGAGGUGAAUCGGCUGACUCUCAAACUCCAAGACGAAAACAGAGACAUUGCCCUCCGUGUCAAGUUACUCUUGCUCAAAGUCUCGCUCCUGGACAAGUGUGGACGGCCGCAGAGGGCCUUCUCGACGGCCGUUCGGGCCGCCAACAUUGCUUGGCGGGCACGGCUGAUUCCCUGUCUGUGGCAGGCUAUUGGCGCCGUCUCCAACAUCUUGGUAUCACUCGCGGAAUUCGACGCCGCCGCCCAGCUGCUUGUCGCUGUGCUUCCGCGGGCCCUUGAAUGCGGUGUGCUAGACGUCGCCGCGCAGCUGUAUUCGUUCCUCGCCGACGCCAACAUGGGCCUCGCGGGGACCAUGCAGCCUAGGUCGAGCAAGCGGACCGAGUACAUGACGAGGGCAAUGGGGGCGCUGCAGAAGGCGUUUGAUCACUACUCGGCUGUCGAGGACAUUGAGCGCCAGUGCGAGACGAUGGCCAAGAGAGCCGCGAUUAUGAGGAUGACGGGAGAUGUUGCGUUGUCGACAGACUAUACUGCGGCCUAUAAUGAGCUACUAGCCAGAGCGGUGGCGUUGAGGCAGGGCUUGAGGUGA